ACUUUCCUGCUAGCAUCACUGCCCUAAGCUGCGUUACAGCACCCACGAUGGCGUUCAGUGGGACCUGGCAGGUCUACGCUCAAGAGAACUAUGAACCAUUCCUGAAAGCUCUUGCAUUGCCAGAUGAUCUUAUCAAAGCCGCCAAAGACAUUAAGCCUGUUGUUGAAAUACAGCAAAAAGGAGAUGACUUUGUUGUGACAUCGAAAACACCCAAGCAAUCUGUAACUAACUCGUUUACGCUGGGAAAAGAGGCUGAAAUCACUACUAUGGAUGGCAGAAAGCUAAAGUGUACUGUGAACAUGGUAAAUGGGAAACUUGUGUGCAAAUCCGAAAAAUUCUCUCAUGAGCAAGAAAUUAAAGGAGGCGAAAUGGUGGAGAAAAUGACUUUUGGUGGAGUGACAUUUAUCAGAAGAAGCAAGAGAGUUUAAAGACAGAUCACCAUCUUUGUGACAUCUUUACACACCUAAAAUAAAGUGGUUUCCAC